GGAGAAUCUUUUUGUUCUCUUUGAACAUGCAGCCGGUUACGGUCUGUUUUCUGUCAAAGAAUUCGAAGAAGUUGGAAUGCUGCUUCCUCAAGUUGAAGCAUCUGUCACUGACUUGAAGAAAUUUAAUCAAAUCAUUAAAAUGUGCGCCUUUACUCCUUUUAAAACUGCUGUGACUGCAUUAGAAAAUAUCAACAGUGUUUCUGAAGGAAUUGUAUCUGAAGACCUUCAGUUGUUUCUAGAACAAAAUUUAGUAAAAAAAGGUAAUCCCACUUUGGGUGUUGGAGAUACGAAAUUAGCUGCUGCUAUUACUGAUGCCUUGGGAUAUCAAUGCAUGUGCACAGGAGCCAUACCAGAAAUAUUAAGAGGUCUCCGUUUACAUUUCCCCAAGUUAGUUAAAGGUUUUACCAAUAAAACAUCAGAAGUUGCCCAAUUGGGAUUAGGUCACAGUUAUUCAAGGGCCAAAGUUAAAUUUAAUGUCCAUAGGGUUGACAAUAUGAUCAUCCAGAGUAUAGCUCUUCUUGAUCUACUUGACAAGGACAUAAAUACAUUUUCUAUGAGAAUCAGGGAAUGGUACUCAUAUCAUUUUCCAGAACUUUUCAAAAUUGUCCCAGACAAUUAUGUUUAUUCUAAAACUGCCAACUACAUUGGUAAUCGUAAAGAAUUGGAUGAGUCUAAAUUAGAUGAACUUGAAGAAAUUGUUCAAGAUAGGGACAAAGCUGAAGCAAUAUUAGAUGCUUCAAGAUCUUCAAUGGGGAUGGAUAUUUCUCCUAUAGAUCUAAUGAACAUAGAAAUGUUUGCAAAGCGAGUGGUUUCUCUUGCGGAAUAUCGCCUAUCACUUACUAACUACUUACAUACAAAAAUGUCUUCAAUUGCUCCCAAUGUAGCGGCUUUAAUUGGAGAUCAAGUAGGUGCCCGACUUAUAUCUCAUGCGGGAUCACUCACCAAUCUUGCUAAGUUGCCUGCCUCUACUGUGCAGGUACUUGGUGCUGAAAAAGCUCUUUUCAGAGCUCUUAAAACAAGAAGUACUCUUACACCAAAAUAUGGCUUGUUGUACCACUCAUCCUUUUUAGCUCGGGCAGAGAAAAAAAAUAAAGGUCGAAUUUCAAGAUUUCUAGCAAAUAAAUGCUCAAUAGCUUGCAGAAUAGACUGUUUCUCAGAAACACCAUGCAAUGUGUUCGGUGAGAAACUGAAGGAACAGGUAGAAGAAAGACUUAAUUAUUAUCUUACUGGUGUAAAACCUGCAAAGAACUUGGAUGUCAUGAAACAAGCUUCAAUUGAAGUUGCUGAAUUAGAGGCUCAGAAGAAAAAGAAAAAGAAGAAAAAUAAGAAGAAGAAGAAAGAUAUUGAGAAUGGUGAGUUGGAAACAACCCUGAAUGGUCAGGAUGACUCGAUAAUAAAUGAAGAACCUACUGAAGAGGUUCCAAAAAAGAAGAAAAAGAAAUCGAAAGCAGUCGAAGAAGAACCAGUCCAGGAUGAACCAGUGGAGGAAGAAGAACCUCCUAAAAAGAAGAAGAAAAAAUCUAAAGGAGGCUCAUAA